AUGAGAAUCUCGGUUGCCGAAUUAUGGAUGGUUGGAAUCAUACUUGGUUUAUUUUUGUUGGCCAUGCUGUUUCUUGCCUGCUCCAUGAAUCCUCGUGAAUUGCUGGAUUGUUCCUUGUUUCGAUGUUGUUGGAGGAAUUCUACAACAACUGGUGGUGGUCGCUACUCGUACAGAUAUUCGAGAGCAACACGGAGACGAGGUGUCAAUCCUCGUUCCAGUGAUAAUCAUCAUCACGAUGAAGAUGAUGAAGGCGGAGUUGAUAUUACCUUUCCGACGAUUGAUGAGUAUAUUUUUGACUCGCAAAGUGGUGAAGCGGGCUUUGUAGCCAUGGAAGAGGGUGAUGACGAUGACGAUGAUGAGCGGGCAGCAGCAGGUAUGGGUACAAGACGACAACGACAACAACAACAACAACAACGACCCAUUACUAUGAAUCAUGUCUUUCCCGAUCUGUUGGCGGAUAAUGGAGAGGAAUAA